AUGACGUUCUAUAGCCCAAGAAACCUAAUUCUCAUACUCUCCACCCUCCUCCCCUUCUCCUGGGCCCUGAAAUUCGAUCUCGCGGCACACACCGGCCACAGCUCCAAAUACGAAAGAUGUAUACGGAACUUUGUCGCGAAAGACACGCUUGUCCUUGUAACAGCGAUCGUCGAUGGACACAAAGGUGACGGACAAGUAGUGAAUAUGCACAUCAAAGAUGCGGUGGGCAACGAGUAUGGGCGCCCGAAGGAUAUCGUCGGUGAGAAGCGGAUGGCAUUCACCUCGCACGCGGACGCCGCUUUCGACAUCUGCUUUGAGAACCAACUUACUGCGUCCCACGCCGUCAUGAAUCCCUCGCGACAUGUUGAGCUCGACAUCGACAUUGGUGCUGAUGCACGUGAUUGGUCUGCUAUCCAAGCUCAGGAGAAGCUGAAGCCCAUGGAGACUGAAUUGAGGAGAGUUGAGGAAUUGGUACAGGAGAUAGUGGGCGAGAUGGACUAUUUGAGAACACGAGAACAAAAGCUACGAGACACAAACGAGAGCACGAAUGAGCGAGUCAAAUGGUUUGCUUUUGGAACAAUGGGAAUGCUCGUGGGACUCGGGGCAUGGCAGGUUGUGUAUCUGAGGGCAUAUUUCAGAUCAAAGCAUCUCAUAUAA